CUUGAAUUGAGUUGGCAUCAUCAAAAUGCAGCCCAGCCUUAGAGACAAACAUGAAAUACCUGAUUGCCAGCGCAAACCUACAGCCCCCGUACCACAUGGAUCGUCAGAGGAUCGGUAAGGUCGGGCCCCACCAAUCAACCUCGGCGCCGCGGGCGUCAUCACCUGCCAUUCCCUCCCAUCGACCCAACGUCAACCCGCCCGCAAACUUCCCAAACACCAUGCCCCCGACUCUCUCAGGUCCUGAAUGAUGAGAAGGUGGAGCGCAUGUCAAUAUAUAUUAUACCGUCGCAAACACCUUAGCCUGCCGAUGCCGAUUUAAACCAGCCCGCCAUGCUCGAAUACCGUACCCAAGGCUAUAACGGCUACAGCGUCAAGUACUCGCCCUUCUUUGACUCACGUAUCGCCGUCGCAGCGUCCGCAAACUUUGGCCUCGUAGGCAAUGGACGUAUAUAUAUUCUUGGUCUGACACCGAAUGGAAUUGUAGCGGAGAAGUGGUUCGAUACCCAGGAUUCAUUGUUCGACACCACUUGGUCGGAGAGCCAUGAGAACCAGCUCCUCACUGCCGGCGGUGACGGCUCCGUGAAGCUUUUCGACAUUUCUCUAUCCGAUUACCCGGUGCAAUCAUGGCAAGAACACGCUCGCGAAGUCUUCAGUGUUCAUUGGAAUCUAGUGGGCAAGGACACCUUCUUGUCUUCAUCAUGGGAUGGGACAAUCAAGAUAUGGAAUCCCAACGCAAACGCAUCGCUCACAACGCUCCCGACGCAUUCUUGCACAUACUCAGCGGAAUUCAGCCCUCACAGUCCCAGUAUAUUAUCAAGUGUGAGCUCCGACUCGCACAUGCGCGUCUUUGACCUCCGUACGCCCGCUUCCGCUUCCAAUCACCUCACUAUGUCGAUACCCAUUCAUACCCCGCCGAAGGCGCGCAUGGGUGCCGCUGCCCCAGUUGGCAUACCUCCCUCGGAAGCUCUCACUCACGAUUGGAACAAGUACCGCGAUACCAUACUUGCGACGGCUGGCGUUGACAGAAUGGUCAGAGUCUGGGAUAUAAGAAACCCUAGUGGUGGCCCUAUCGCUGUGCUCCCAGGCCACGAGUACGCGAUUCGACGCUUGACCUGGUCGCCACAUCUUUCCGACACAUUGCUAUCUGCGAGCUACGACAUGACCUGCCGUGUGUGGACAGAUGGAAGUGCCAUGGGUGUACCACCCGCCAACCCACAGAACAUGAUGGAUGCGUCGAACAUGAGUCUCGGAGAAGGCAGAGAGAUGGGCAGAAUGGGACGCCAUACCGAGUUCGUCACAGGAGUUGACUGGUGUCUGUUCGGUGCGGAGGGAUGGUGUGCAAGCACAGGAUGGGACGAGAGAGUUCUCGUGUGGGAUGCCAGGGCAAUCAUGCAAUAAGCAGAUGCACCCUAUCCACAUUUACGGCGUUUAUGUAAGCCUGCGAUCUCGUUUGGAUAUCAAACGAACAAAAAAAAAGAACAAAAUUCUCUAUACUCAGACCCAAGUGAGGGACGGUGCGCCAGUGCGAAACCACGCAUCUGGUCGAUACACAUUUUAUUUCGGAAGAAUCUCAGUCUCCAUGUUUAACGAUCAAAGCUGUCUGUAGUCUGAUAUGUAACUAUGCGUGAUAGUGAUGGGUAUACAUUUAUCAAACCGGUCGAGCACAGAUUAUGCUGUGCAAACCGCCUCCUUCGACUGAGUCUUCUCCA